AUGAUGCCUCCGAAAAAACCGUUGAGGCUCUACGAAGCUCAAGCUCUAAAUAUACGAGAGUGCGACAGCAUUGAGCUGGACUCGUUGGAAGACGGCGAUUCCGGCACCAAUUCACAAGAAGAACAAAACAACGAUCCAUCCAAUCCUCUUCUAUCCAAUAUCAAUUCGCCAUUGAAACAGCUGAAUUUGAACGCUCAGUGCAAAACGCGCAGGCGCGAAAUUUACACGGACGAAAUCGUGCUGCCUAGCGAAUCGUCGCUGCAAGAAUUGACCGUUUUGAGUUUAAAAAACAACGACAUCCGCACUUUUCCUCUGAGCGUUUUGCGACUGACCACGCUGACCAUUUUGGACGUUUCGGCCAAUCGGUUGCUGACCUUGCCACCGGAAAUCGACCAAUUGUACAACUUAGAAGAACUGAUACUUGAUCAAAACCUUCUGAGCAUCUUGCCGGUGACUUUAUGGCACUUGAAGUACCUGAACACUUUAAGGGUGGCUACGAAUCGUUUGGCGCUGCCUCCGGACAAGCCUCGUGAACCACCGGAAAUGCGAGCGCUGAUUUUAGCUGAAUCCGAACUGAAUCCAGAAAACCGUCGCAGCUCGAAAAACGCAAACAACGGUCUCAAAACUUUAAAUUUAAGAGCCAACCGACUGAAAGGGCAUAUUAUUUUAGGUAGUUACAGUAGUUUAACCCAAUUAGACGUAAGCGAAAACGGCAUAGAAAUAUUAGAUUUGGGCGCGGUCGAACAGCUACAAAUACUACAAUGUUCUCGAAACUCGUUGACUCAACUAACAUUGUUUGGCAAAAAUUUAGUGUCAGUAAUCGCUGGAAAUAAUAAACUAAAAUCUUUCACUACUACUCAUCCGCCACUCAAACUGAGCCACUUUGAUGUCUCCUACAACGAUCUCCAAACCCUACCCGAUUGGUUGUCGGGUUGCAGCGAGCUACGCUCCCUAUUCGCCAGCAACAAUGCGAUUGCGACGUUGCCGGAUCACUUGUUUUGCAACGAAAUGCCCCUGCUGCAAACCGUGCAGCUGGCCUACAACCGCCUUCAAAGUUUGCCAAUGAUACAGCGUUGUUUGCCCGUUCAGGAGAUGUUUUUACAAAACAACAGCUUGUCCAGUUUGCCGGACAAUUUUUUCAAGUUUGUUCGGAGCAUCAGGGUGCUCAAUGUGUCCAAUAAUCGUCUGGUCGAUUUGCCCAAGCCUGAAGAAGUUUUGGUUUUGGAGAAACUGUUUUUGACAGCUAAUUGUUUGAUUGAUACAAGUUUGGACAGGGUUGCCGCAUAUUUGAAGAACCUGAAAAUCUUGCAUAUAGCCUACAACAAUUUGACAUCGCUGCCGGAAAACUGCGCCCUCUACUGGACAGAAAUUGAAGAACUCGUGUUAUCUGGCAACAAAAUCUUGCGCCUGCCCGACAACGUUCAACAGAUGCGCCACCUGUCGGUGCUCCGAGUCCACUCGAAUCUGUUGCAAAGUAUCCCGAAGCUGGCCGGCCUAAUGAAGUUGCGCGUACUGGACCUGGCGCACAAUCAGCUCGAUCGCGUCGACUUAAGCUCACUAAUUCCACCCAACUUAAAAUUCCUUGAUUUAAGCUGCAACACCAAAUUACACGUGGAUUGUCAGCAAUUUAAUACGUAUAGGACCCAAAGACCGAUGUCACUGGUUGACGUAAGUGGUAAGAAUCGCACUAGUUUGCCGCUAUCGCCGGCGCCAUUUUGCGAAAGCGAUUUGACAGAUCACAGCUGGUCGGUUGGUUUUUCGGAAACUUCCGGGUCCAGGGCCAAGUUGCACUUGACUCAAAUCAGGUUGCCCGCUUUUUGCAACACUGAAGCACUUUUUGGAAUCUUCGAUGGAGAAAAAAAUAACUUUAGUCCAUUGGGUGUUGAUAAAUUAUUACCCAGAAUCCUUUUGGAAGAGCGUACAAUCAAAGAAACUGCGCAUGACUACAUGAAGUACACCAUGCUGUCAACUUUUCGAAGUUUGAAGGCAAAAGGCAUCAACGCUCUAAUAGUCCACGUUCUGAAGCCCAAACAGCUCAGUACUGAGUUCAUCAACGGUUUUGCCGAGCCAAAUAAAAAAUACCUGAUGAAAAUAGCCAGUAUAGGCGAUAUGAAAUUGGUGAUUGGCAAAUGCGACGGUCCAGUGCGCUUGUUGCCUGGUAGAGGGCGCAAAAUAAAUCCUACAAUGCAAUUGGUGCCCGAUCCGGAAGUGACCGAUAUUUAUUUGGACGAGCGGGACGAGUACAUGGUGCUGGCAAAUAAGAAUCUUUGGGACGUGAUGACGCCGGAAAACGCUAUCAAGGAAGUCAGUUUGCAACGGAACGUCAUUUUGGCUGCUAAGCGAUUGCAAGAUUUGGCACAAAGUUAUGGUGCCGAAGAAAAUUUGAGCAUAAUCGUCGUCAAAUUCAAUCUCCUCGGCUCAGACGUCGAUUUGCUCAUGCGCGAACUACGUCAGACCAUACGUAAGAACAAAUACCAAAGCGAAAGCACGAAUUCCGUGUGCCAACCAGGCUGUUGUUGUUGCUACGACGCCCACGAAAAAAUCGCCGUACCUCCGCCAAUGGCGAUCGGAGACGACAGAUCUUCGCCGAGUGGUCAAAGUGAGCAAGCUUGUAGCGACUGCAAUUCUUCCUCGAAAUUGUUCAUGAGUCAAUUAUCGGCCAAACAACCGGAAAAUCGCUUGUUUCGCAGCGUCACUCCGUCACUGUUUGAAACCGUUGAGGUCAAAAUUAGUCCAGAACGUCGCAGUUAUAGGGGAGUGGCCAAAGCCUUGAAACAACGCCGAGAGGAAGACAAGGCCAACAAAGACCCAGACUCGGACUCGGCCCUAUCGGAAGAGCAAUUCAAGUGCUGGGAGUACAUGCUGGAACAAAAUACCCAGCUUUUGUUUGACAAGGAACUCAAUACUCUAAAUAGAGGCUCAAAGAACCACUUCAGAGUGAAAACGCCUUCUAGUUUGAGCAGAAGUAGUCCGCACCUAGCGUCCUCUGACGGCAACAAUAACGGUGCUCCGUUCCUGUCCAAACAGUUCGGCAGCUCACGUUCGUUUAAUCCCGGCCCGUCCCGGUUAACAUCGGACCGGAAACAGCAUCUGAUUGGCGGCCCGAACGCCGCCUACUUUGGCAGUUUGCAGCGACUGAUGCCGUACAAUUUGGAGUACGAUUUCGCGGUGAUGCACGAGCGCGGUCUCGUCGACUCGACCGAUCUCGAUCGGAUGCAACAGUAUUGGGGCGUGGCAACUACAGAACUAUGA